AUGAAAGUGUUAGCUGUUCUCCUACUGGCUUUGGCCAGCGCCUCCGCGGGCCCUGUGGCGGCCAUGUUUAAGCCAGUUCAUCCUCGUGACAGAAAAAUGGAACAAUCCAUUGAAAGCCGAAUUGUUGGUGGACAAACUGCCUCGUUAGGACAAUUUCCAUAUCAAGUCGGUAUAGCAUUUGAAUUGUUUAUUUUCGGCUGGUUUUGCGGUGGCUCCCUCAUCAACAAAAAAUGGGUUCUAACCGCUGCCCACUGUACCGACGGUGCCACUUUUGCAACAGUUUACGCUGGAUCAAUUUAUCUGGAGGUUGGCGAAAUACGCGUAGUCCCCAGUAAUAAGUUUAAACAGCACUCUGGGUUCGACAUAGAUAACAUAGUGAAUGACAUCUCCCUGCUUGAGUUACCUGUGCCAUUUAUAUUUAACGACCAUAUUGGCAAGAUCGGAUUGCCCACGGCGCCUUACGAUGAUUACGUGGGCCAGAUGGCCACGGUUUCAGGCUGGGGACAAACUGGUGACGGAGAAGGGCAACCUCAGAAGUUACAGUGGGCCCUUGUUGUGGCUAUUUCGAACGAGGUUUGCAAAAAAUCUUAUAAUAUCAUACAACCCUCACACAUCUGCACUAGCACAGCGAAUGGUCAGGCCACUUGCUACGGUGAUUCAGGCGGACCUUUGGCCAUUAAUGCCGGAACCACUGACCCUAGACAAAUUGGAAUCGUUUCGUUCGGAGCUUCCGCAGGAUGCACUGCAGCUCCAAGUGCCUACACCCGUGUAACCUCUUUUAUCAACUGGAUCAGUACAGAGACCGGGAUUCCAUUUUGA